AUGGCCCGUGUCCCACUGAUGGCAAAAGAGAGCGUUGUUGUUGUGUCCCCUGAGACAGGCGGCGUGGGUGUCACGGACGGAUGGUGGGGGCAGAAGCCGGAAUUCGGGGCCGCGGCGACGUCGGUGACUGUGCUGGAAGGGGAGACUGCAAAGCUACCUUGUAUUGUGCUCCAUCUCAACGACAGGGCGGUCACAUGGCUGAGGAGACGCGACCUGCACAUCUUAACUGCAGGUCAACACACGUACUCCGCUGACCAGAGAUUUCAGGUCGUCCACACGGAGGGUAGCAAUGAAUGGACUCUCGUAGUACGUUACGCUCAGCCACGUGACGCCGGAGUGUACGAGUGUCAAGUCAACACCGAUCCAAAGCUUUCGCGGCCUGUUCUUUUACAAGUAACUGAUCCGAAUCCAGAGCUUAGCGUGACGAAGGGAAAGGUUUUCGUAGCUAACAACACAGCCUCCACAAAAGACGGUGACCUCCGCGUCGAGAUCCAAGGCCCCCGGGAACUGUACAUCGAAGAGGGGUCAUCUCUCACGCUGACCUGCCUCGUGACCACGUCCAGAGAGCCCUCGACAGUCGUGUACUGGUAUCACAACACGAACCUUAUUGAUUAUAACUCUCCUCGCGGCGGGGUCAAUCUGAAGAUCGACCGGGGACGAGGGGAGACUACAACUCGCCUCGUGGUUUCUGCUGUUGGUCAGGGAGACUCAGGCAUGUACUCGUGUGUUCCCCCGGGCUCUCACCCAGCGACGGUCAGGGUCCAUGUGCAGAAAGGGGAUCACGAGGCAGCCAUUCAGCAGAGCGGCGUCAGCGGCGCCAGCAACGGCUCCUCUCUUCUCCUGCUUCCUUGCCUCUCCUCCCUGCUCCUCUUCCUCUUCGUCUAUUCCCCUCAUUUAUUCCUCCUCGACCUCCUUUCGAAACACUCGUAUGUCUUGCUUCUCUCCUGCGCCCUCUGUCUCGCUCCUUCUCUCCUCCUCUGCUUCUGCUACUGCUGGUGCUUCUGCUGUUGCAGCGUCGCCGUGUUCCUCUGCUGCCUUUCGUCCCUCGUGCUCGGAGCCCCACCUCAGGACACUCCCCCUUCGUCCUGCCUCCUUAGGCCACGCCCCCCUCCCUCCUUCCCAACUGCCUCCCUCCUCCCUCCUUCGUCCCUCCUCGAGCACCAGUGCCCCACGCCUUGCCUCGCUCGCCCUCCCUCCGUCAGGCACCCGAGAACACGGUGAGUCCCACGGCGAGGUCCUUCACGCCCUUACAACUCCACGCCAACUGUCUGGAGUUCCCCAAGUGUUGACGUCCAGGCAGGCAGACCCGUGACGUCAAGCGGGAUGCCUGAGGAAGGAGCUUAGUGAAGUCAAUUUUGUAUGUCUACUCUAUAUAAGAAUGUGCAGAUGUGGAAUAAUAAUAAAGAAAUCGUUGUUUAGAA